GGCGGAAAAUGUAUUACAGUUUAUAUGAAAGUUAUUAAAACUUACUUUAUUUUCGAACUGUAUAUAUUUUUAUGUACAUACAUUGUUUGAGUAUUUAUACUUAUUAUAUAUUUAUAAAAAUUUAUAAGCAGUGAUAAUAUUCAGUUAUUGCUUUUUAUGUUUUAUUAAAGACAAAUUUGUCAAAAUCUCAUUAUGUGACUAUAAAAAAUUAAAAUAUUUAUUAAACAACUUUUAAAAAAAUGAUAUUUUAAUUUUAAUAAGCGUAAAAAAUGUACAAUUUGAUUAAAUGGACAAAAGCAUUCAACUGUCUAUUAAUUAUUUUGGGUUGUUACGUUUUCGUCAACACUGCUGAAAUUCGUCAACUACCAUUCUGUGAUCAUGCCACAUCAGAUGAUAUUUCACUACACAGUUUCUUGUUCGUUAGUACUUUGGAUGGGAAAGUAUCUGCUCUGAAUGCUGCAGAUCAAGGAAGAAAAGCAUGGACUUUAGAUUUAGGAAAAGAUCCAAUGUUAUCAUCGAAUAUUCAUCAAAGAGAAUUGAACAAUCAUGGGCAAUGGGUUCGACUAAUACCAUCAUUGAAUGGAGGACUAUAUAAGUUUGAUGGCGAAAAUUUGGAAGCAGUUCCUUUAUCUGCAGAUCAGUUAUUAAAAUCUUCAUUUCGAUAUUCUGAUUUGGUAUUUUCUGGAGGAAAAGAAACUCGUUCAUAUGGUGUUGCUUUUUCAACUGGUGAAAUAUUAUAUACAUGUGAUGUUCACGGUUGUAAAAAUACGACAGACGGUGAAUCUUAUAUGAAUAAACAAGUACUUAUUAUUCAAAGGCAUCAACAAACUAUUCGAGCUGUUGAAUCUCAAUCUGGUCAUGAAAGAUGGAAUUUUAGUGUUGGACAACACGGAUUUUCACUACCGCCAAAGACACAUUCCAAUUGUCAUAAAAGAAAAAUUCCUCUUGAUAUUGAAAUAAAAGUAAUUAUUCCUGAAGGACUUGUAUGGGCCGUUGACAAAAAUAAUCCUACAUUAAAACUAUGGGAACAUAAGUUCAGUUCUCCAAUUGUUACAAUAUGGCAAGAAGAUGACAAUAAUGAGAGUGAAGAUAAUUCUGGUUUAAAGGAAAUUAAUUUAUUUGAGAAUAAUAAAAAAUUAUCUGAUCCUGAAUUUUCAAUGAAUCCUGGACUUUAUUUAGGCAUGCAUAACAUGCAGUUAUAUGUUCAAGAAAAUCCAAAACUGAAAUCAAUACUGGAUCCCCCUGUUACAGUUAAAGAAAUAGCUCCAAUGUUCCCAUGGAAACCUUAUCCUGCAAUUGCUUUUUCAGAAGAAGAUAAGGAGAGGAUAGAAAAUAAUAUUUUAAUUGAGUCAAAUGAUGAUGUUCAGUCUACUGCUUUGUCUGUUUUGUACAGUUCAAAUUAUAUAAAUGGUAAUGGAUUUUUUUUGUAUUCCAAGCAACAGUUAUUCAUUAAUAGUAAAAAUCAAUGUAAUAAUACAACUAUAGUAAACAAAAUGAACCCUACCGAAACACAAAAGUCUUCACUAGAUGAGUUUGAAGAAAAUGAAGAGGACACCUCUGUACCUGUAAUUAUAAUUUCCCUUUGGUAUUGGUGGAAAGAGGUACUACUGAUUUCAAUCACAACAGCGAUUAUUUUAAAUUUUAUGCUUACACAAAGUCUUUUUAAUGCCACUGCAGUUAUUAAAGACGCUCUCCUUCCACCUUGUAUUAUUGAGACUCAUAUAGAAAAAAAUGAAGAGAGUCAAAAAGCAGUUGUUGAUAAUGGUGGCGAAUUCAUUUCUCGUUUUCUCUCAGACUAUGAACCUGUAGAUUGCCUAGGCAAAGGUGGAUAUGGAAUUGUUUUUGAAGCAAAAAAUAAAGUAGAUGAAUGCAAUUACGCAAUUAAAAGAAUAACUCUACCCAAUAGUCGCACCUCUAGAGAACGAGUUAUGAGAGAAGUUCGAGCUCUUGCGAAACUGGAUCAUCAAAAUGUCGUACGCUAUUUUAAUGCAUGGAUAGAGUGCCCUCCUGUUGGUUGGCAAGAAGAGCUUGAUCAAUUUUGGAUAAAUAAGAACAAAUUUCCUGGCAGUGAUUUUAUUUCAAGUUCAUAUCUUGAUGAUGUAAAAUCUUCAACUUCUAUUCACAUUAAUGUUGCACCUAGUGACCAAUCUUCUGUGGAUAGUGCUUUUGAAGCCUUGAAAUUAAACGAUAAGGAUAAUGAUUCAUUUAUAGUUUUUCAAGCUCAUGAAAGUGACCAACUACAAGAAAGUGAAAUAUCUCGAGAAUUCACUAAUAAUUACGCGAGUGAAUUACAACAAGAAGAAUCAGAAUUAUCCAAAAAUGUUGAAGAAUUAAUUGUCAGUAAAGUUCACUACGAUAGUACAGAAUCUAUCGUAUUUCAAACGAGCGAAAAAAGAAAAGCUUCGGAAAGCUUAAAUAUUCAGGAUAAAAAAUUUGAUAAAAAAUCUGCCAAAAUGUUUCUAUAUAUACAAAUGCAAUUAUGUAAAAAAAUGAGUUUGAGAGAAUGGUUGAAGGAACAAAAUAAAUCCAGAGAUACUACUCGAGUAUUAAAUAUUUUUCAACAGAUUGUCAAUGCAGUGGAAUAUGUUCAUUUGCAAGGUCUUAUUCAUCGUGACUUAAAGCCAUCAAAUAUUUUUCUGUCGUUUGAUAAAAAAGUGAAAAUUGGAGACUUUGGAUUAGUUGCAAUGACAGAAAGUUCAGAUGAAAUUCAUACGCCGUGUGAUUCUCCAGAAGUAACAUCACAAGAGGGAGUUCAGCAUACAGCAAUGGUCGGGACUCGCUUAUAUAUGUCUCCAGAACAAAUGGAUGGAAAAAGAUAUAAUUAUAAAGUAGAUAUCUAUUCAUUAGGUAUUAUUCUUUUUGAGCUAUUAACUCCAUUUUCAACUGAAAUGGAAAGAGUUGUAGCUUUGACCAAUUUGAGAAACUUGAUCUUUCCAGAAACUUUUCAAAUUCAAUGUCCAACAGAAUUUUCUUUGUUGAAAAUGAUGCUGGAUUGUGAUCCAUCAAAAAGGCCAACUACUUUAGGAAUUAGAUCUAGGCUAACUACUUCUAAUAAAGAAACGAAAACGAAUAAUGAAUUAAAUGCAGAUAACAAUGAAAAAUUUCAUUUCGAUUGGCCACAAAUGAGUAGAAAUUCUUCGGGAGCGGCAAGCAGUAAUACUAGUAGUAAUACUGUUUCAUGGGAAUUUAUAUCGUAGACAUGCUGAUGUUAUUAUUUUUAAUAUUAUUUUUAAGAGUACCUAAUUUAUUGAAUAGAUUAUACUUGGUCAAAAGAUACUUUUUCUUUACGUCUAUAUCUCGCAUUGACUAUUUCUUCAUAUCUUAAUAGAAAUGAAUAUUGCCUUUCUUCUACGCGUACACUAUUCUUGUACUGCAAACUCAACAUUUGUGGAAAUUUUUCUAUUCUCAUUGAUGAAAAUUGUUCUGCACAUAUUAAUUUUUAUUCUAAAAUUCAAGUUUUUAUUUCAAGUAUAUAUAAAAGACAUCAAUUUUAAAAAUAUGUAAAUAA